AAAAAAAAAAAAAAAAAUGCCUACUGAAAAGGAGUUUGUUCGCGACAAACAUAUUUCGUAUUUAAAGCGUGGUUUAACAUUACUUCCAAAACAAUAUGCAAGUAAUGAUACAAAUAGAAUGACACUGGCUUUUUUUUGUCUUUCCGGUUUGGACCUUUUGGGCGCACUUGAAAGUGAAAUUCCAGAAGAAAGAAGAAAAACAUGGAUAGAUUGGAUUUAUGCGCAACAAAUUUUACCCGAUGAAAGGAAUCCUGAAAUAAAUGAGAAAAUUUGUGGUUUCAGGGGUUCUCCAUUUUCUGGUUUACCGUUUGAUCCAAAUGGAUCGCGUGAAUCGAGAUUACCUUUUGAUGCCGCAAACUUAGCAAUGACUUAUACUGCUUUAACUUCUUUAUUAAUAUUAGGGGAUGAUUUAUCGCGUGUAAAUCGUUCUUCUAUAAUUAAUUCGUUAAAAUAUUUGCAAAAAGAUGAUGGAAGUUUCACACAAACUUAUCAGGGUAUGGAAUCUGAUAUGAGAUUCUUAUAUUGUGCAGUUGUUAUAUCAUAUAUUUUAAAUGAUUUUAGUGGAAUCAAUAUUGAAAAAGCUAUAGAUUAUAUAAAAAAUAGUCAGUCAUACGAUUUUGGAAUUGGUCAAGGUCCGGGAGAAGAAUCGCAUGGAGGAUCAACUUAUUGUGCCAUAAGUUCCCUUUAUAUGCUAAAUAAAUUGGACGAGGGAUUACUAUCAAAAGAAAAAACCCUUUUUUGGUUAAUUUCACGUCAAGAAUCUGGUUUUCAAGGUAGAGCUAAUAAACCACCUGAUACUUGUUAUUCUUUUUGGAUAGGCGCAUCAUUAAAGAUAUUGGAUAAAUUGGAAUUAAUUAAUUAUGAACAAAAUCACAAUUUUUUAAUGCAAACUCAAGCCAAGUUUGGUGGAUUUGCAAAAUUAAUUGAUAAUUAUCCAGAUGUAAUGCAUACAUAUCUUGGUAUUGCUGGUCUUUCUUUAAUGAAUGAACCAAGAUUUCUAGAAUUAGACCCUGCAAUAAAUAUUUCUAAAAAAGCAAAGGAAAAUCUACUAAAUAAUUGUGCAUUUCAUAAACAAAAAUGAUUAUUUAAUUGUAUAAUUUAAAUUCGAACGUGUAAAAUUAUAUAUUUUAUUUAUUAAAAAAAAAGUCGGCAUUGUUCAUCUUAUUUUAUGCAACAUUAAAGUGGAAUUUAAACUUCGAAUUUAUCGAAUUUUGAUAUAAAAUGCUAAAUAAAAUUAUGGGAUGACGAUCAAGCUAAUAAAAAAAAACACUUCAAAUAUCCAUGCCGUUAAUUUAAAACGCAGAUCAAUUCUUUGUUGUUUUUUUUUAAAUUCUCAUCUUAUCCGAC